AUGCCCGUCUCUCCCCAGUUGUAUUUCAACGACGCGAGGGACAUCGAGUCGCGGGCGGCUCGCCACAAGAGCCGCUGCGACGCAUCUCUCAUGGCUCUAGGGAUCGCUACUCUGAAGCACAGGUACCCUCAUUCUGCCCACAUUGACCUGUCGCCCGAGGAUGUCGCGUCCAUGUCAGAUUCGCUUACACUAGAUAAGCAUACGUUUGGAGGCUCCACGAAUGCAACAUCUUUGCUCACCUUUGACGUUGAUGAGCUGGUGAACGCUCGUUCUAAAUGGAGGUCAACAAGCCCUGGCAAGUUCGAAUUGAACCAAGCAUUUCUGUUCAAAGUGUUGUUAUCCGUUGACAGUGAUCAUUGGGAGUUUUUGUGGUUGUCCUCGGUGUACAAGGUUCAUACAAUAGUGUCGGACUCCGAACUGAACUACUACUACAUCCUUCAAGUGGCGCCGAAGGGCUUGUUAUUGUUGGAGAUGGUCGAAGAGUCCGAAGGCAUACUGAGGUUUGGUUUCGGCCCUGAGCGGGUCAAGAGCCAGAGAGAACAGCAGGCCAUAUCCGCAGUGAAAGCAUUGAUCGAGAAAAGGUGCCAGAGGAGAGCGGAAAAGCUCAGACAGCCAGACGAUGGGGACGCACGUGAUCAAGACGAUGUAGACAGCGAUGCCUCUGACCCUGGUUUGCACGACGGAGUUGUAACCGAACAGCUUCGAGCAGAAGCGCGCCCCGAAUUGGUUGCACUGGCCAGCAAGGAGGUUGAUUAUCUACUCGGGGCUUGCCCCGCGGGGCAGGCGCUGGGCGAGGAAGAAGAUGACCACGGUGUCGAGCAGCUGAAGCUGCGUGCCGACGCGAAGGUUCAUGCAAUAGUGUCGGACUCCGAACUGAACUACUACUACAUCCUUCAAGUGGCGCCGAAGGGCUUGUUAUUGUUGGAGAUGGCCGAAGAGUCCGAAGGCAUACUGAGCAAGGAGGUUGAUUAUCUACUCGGGGCUUGCCCCGCGGGGCAGGCGCUGGGCGAGGAAGAAGAUGACCGCGGUGUCGAGCAGCUGAAGCUGCAUGCCGACGCGAAGGUACUUGAUCCAGGGAUCGGCCAUUGUGUGGCCCUGUGGGCGGAGCGCUGCAAGGAGGAGCUUGAGCGCGAGCAGGCCGAGCUGGCCGUGAUGAAGGCCGUGGCGGGGUCGGUGUUCUCCCUCCGAAAGCCGCGCGACGUGGUCGCAGGCACCUCCUCUGGCCUGAAGACGGUUGCCCGCGGCGUUGGCUUGGGACUCGCCUCGCUGGUGGCCCAGCCGUACCUCGGCGCCAAGCACGGGGGCGCCAAGGGCUUCGUGAAGGGCGUCGGGGCUGGGGUGACCACAUGCGUCGGCUCGACCGUGGCCGGGGCGGUGGUGGGCACCACGCAGAUCGUGCGCGGGGCGGUGAAUACGCCGGGCGCCAUCAUGCAGAAGGCUCGCGGCCAGGUGUGGAACUCCGAGGCUCGCGCGUGGGAGGUGGACUGGUACUCCCUGCCCGAGGAGGUCUUAGAGGUGUUCGGCGAGAACGGUAUCGAUGCGGCAGGCGGGGGCGCCGCGCAGGGCGGGGGCGGCUCCUCGUCGAGCGGCAACGCGGCCCCGAGCAGACCCAGAAGGAAGGUUGUGGACACCGCCCUCUACGACCUCCUGGAGGUGGCGCCCGAGGCCACGGAGGGCGAGAUCCGCAAAGCCUUCUACAAGAAGAGCCUGGCGCUGCACCCGGACAAAAACCGCGACAAUCCUGAGGCCACGCAGCAAUUCCAGGCAGUCAGCGACGCGUACCGCGUGCUUGGCGACGAGGACAGACGUAAGGAGUACGACGAGCGAGGCAAGGACAGCGCAUCCGAGGGGAUGCCGAAGAUCGAGCCCGCGGUCUUCUUCGCCGCGCUGUUCGGUUCCCACCACUUCGAGCCGUGGGUGGGGCGGUUGAAGCUCGCGCAGGACGUCGACGGCGACCUGCAGUCGCUGUUCAGGGACGCGGUUGCUGGGGGCGAGGACGAUGCAGUCAACGUGGACGUGCUCAAGGCUCACCGCGCGCACCAGCGCAUGAAGGCGCUCGAGCGGCAGCGGCAGGUGCGGUGCGCGGUGCUGCUGGAGCGGCGGCUCCGCCCCGUCGUCGAGGCCUCGGAGGCGGACCGGAGAGCCGCGUACGCCGAGUGGGAGGCCGAGCAGGCCAGGCAGGUGGAGGCCCUGACGAAGGCGCCUUGCGGCGUGGAGAUGCUGUCCGUCAUCGGGUGGGUGUACGCCAACCGCUCCCGGCAGUUCUUCGCUGGCAGCGUCAUCCACAGAGCCGUGGCGCAGGCCGAGGGCAAGUUGCACAUGGCCCAAUCCAAAGUCAAGCUCGCUGGAUCAUUGGGUCGCACAGCUGUCACGGUCAACGGCGUGAUGAAGAAGGCGGAGAAGAAGGCCAAGCAGCUUGAGGCCGAGAAGACGGGGGCAGCGGAGAAGCCCGAGGCGGAGAGGGCGGGGGCGGAGGCUGCCGCCGGCGGUAGCCCGGAGCCCAAGGCGGAGAGCACAGGUUCGCAGAGGACGGGCGGCGACGCCCCCGACGCCGCCGCCGAACGGCAUGCGACCUCCGGGCCCGAUCACCGAGCGGAGCGGAGGCCGAGCGGAGGAGCCGCCUCGCCGGCGCCCGCCUUCGACCCGCACCCGCGCGCCGCAGCCGCAGAGGCGGCGCCGCCGCCCGAGCAGCCCGGGCCUCAAGCGCAGCUGCUGCAGCCGGGCACGCUCGUGAUGCUCCGCGGGUUGAGGGCGGCGGAACUCAACAACGAGGUUGGCAUGGUUGUCGGCUUCGACGAUGAGAGCCAGAGGUACAUGGUGCAAAUGAUACCCGACGGUGGUCUCAAGAAGCUGCGGGAAGAGAACUUGAUGCCGCUCGAGGUCCCCGGUGCCGACGGCAGCGGUUUCGGCGGCGCGGCUUCGUCGGGCGCGCCCGCGGGCGAGGGCGGCGCUGGCGGCGAGGGCGGCCAGUGGGCGCCGGGCGGCGCCGAGGCGGAGAUGCAGGAGUCGUUCAAGGACUGCAUGCCGCUGUUCCACGAUGCGUUCUGGAGCGUGACCGCCCUCGACAUCGAGUUCACGCUCUCCAAGGUCAUCCAGAGGUUGCUUAGGGACAUGUCCGUCGACAAGGGCACCAGGCGCGCGCGGGCCGAGGCCUUGCUGAAGCUGGGCAGCAUUCUGCAGGCUCCCCUGAAGGAGCUCAGGGCGCGGAAGCGCGCCCGCGGCGGCAGCCCCGGCAGCCCUGGUAGCCAGGCCGGCGACCAGGCCAGGCGCAGAGCGGAGGCGCAGAGCACCCCGCGGGAGGUCCGUGCUCGAUGGUCCCGCCAUCCGCUUUCGUCUCGGACGGCGUCGCCUCCACAUCCCUGUGUUUGGCAUCAUCUCACCUCGAUGCCGAUAUCCCCAUCCCUGUGUUUGGCAUCAUCUCGACCCGAUGCCGAUCUCAAGGGUUACCGCAGUUUCUGA